UGAUAUUUGCCUCUGCUGACGCAUUUGGGAUAUAAUGACCCUCAGCAAGGCACAGGUUACCGCUUAAACGGACUUAAAUGUCAACGACAGCAUGACUCAGAAUUUAGUUGUGGAACUGUAUGUCACUCUAAAUUCCAAUCUGUAGACACGAAUAAUAAACGAGGUGAACACACCUGCAGAGAGGAGUCUAAUAAUCAAAUGUAAUGGACAGAAGUAGCGUGUGGUCAUCAGAGUACACACAUAGCCAGUUACUGCAGCACUCAGCCAGUAGGGGGCCGAGUGGACAUGCUCACACCAUUGACAUGCUCCUGCCAUUGACUUGCCUCCGCGGUCGACGCUACCUCUUUAACCCUGCUGACGAGCUGGAAUUGGCAUUAUGUGUGACUGCAGAUUAACUACAUCUACCGGCUAUUUCCUUCCUUCGUAUUUGCUUUUGUGGCGCCACUGACUGUCAGUCCUGGUUGCGGCCCAGGUGUCGGACACUGGAUUGUGCGUGUUGGUUUUGUCUCUUGUCAUAGUACGCAGUUACGUAUGUGGCAGCCGGAAACACGGCUCAUUUUUCCCUCUAGUAAUGCCAGUAAAGUCAAAUGCUUACUAUAUCACAGCACAUGUAACGUCUAGUGGAACAUUAAUUGUUAAUUGAGCCAGUUUAAUGUCAGGUUCACUGGUAGGAGUGACAUUGGUCCAUGUUAACCUUCACUGGUCCUUUCCUCUUCACACCAAUCAGUUUAUCAGGAAAAGAAACGUGCAGAGAGUAGAUAAGAGAUACCAGCAUAGCUUGAUAUGAGUGUAUUUGUGUAUAGCGUUGUGUGUGACCUCCCUAGGGGUGACAUUGUUGCUACCUGAAGUACCAUGUUACGCAUGUAGACGUCUUGAAACGCGUGUUUAAUCAUCUCGGUGUGUAUGUGUUCAAAGGUAUUUGUGCGCAUGUCUCUGAAAAAGGGGAGUUGUUGCGCAUAAAAGGUUUUUUUCCCAGAUAUUCAGUUCUGUUUCUGAACAUUGUUGUAUGAGUGCGAGAGGGAGAGAACCAGGCAGUGUGUUUGGGACUGGACCCUAGUUGCCAAAAUUCCGGGGGCCAAGAAGAAGGAUCGAGUGGUCUGGACCUCCAUUGAUUUAGGAGAGCAGUCCCCUAACACACCUGCAACCAUGACUAAAAAGGACACGUAUGACAUGUUCGAGAUGAAUGGAGAUACGGACAAGAAGAAGAAUAAAAAGAUGAAAAAGAAGGAAAAAAUGGAGGGCAUGAAAAAAGAAAUUGAUAUUGACGACCAUGAGAUUACAAUUGAAGAACUAGAAUCGAGGUACAACACUAAUGUUACAAAGGGUUUGACCUCCACCUUUGCCGCACAAGUGUUGGAGAGAGACGGUCCGAACGAACUGAAGCCCCCCAAAGGAACUCCAGAGUAUGUGAAGUUCGCCAGGCAACUGGCUGGAGGGCUGCAGUGUCUGAUGUGGGUCGCAGCUGUCAUCUGCUUCAUCGCCUUUGGAAUUGAAUUUGCGAGAGGGAACGUCGCCUCCUUUGACAAUCUUUACUUGGCUAUCACUCUCAUUGCCGUCGUUGUGGUAACUGGUUGCUUUGGUUACUACCAAGAAUUCAAGAGUACCAACAUCAUUGCCAGCUUCAAGAAUCUGGUGCCUCAGCAAGCCAUUGUCAUCCGCGAUGGCCAGAAAAACCAGAUCAACGCCCGGCAGUUGGUGGUGGGGGAUGUGGUGGAAAUCAAAGGAGGAGACAGAGUCCCUGCUGACAUUCGCAUCAUCUCUAGUCAGGCCUGCAAGGUGGACAACUCGUCUUUGACAGGCGAGUCUGAGCCACAGACCAGGAGUCCAGAAUGUACACAUGAGAAUCCGCUGGAGACUAGAAAUGUUGCUUUCUUUUCUACUACUUGUCUGGAAGGUAUAGCUACUGGCAUGAUCAUCAGCACUGGUGAUCGCACAAUCAUUGGUCGAAUUGCCAGCUUGGCGAGUGGCGUCGGCAACGAAAAGACACCCAUUGCCAUAGAGAUCGAACAUUUUGUCGACAUCAUCGCCGGUCUUGCAAUCCUUUUCGGGUUCACCUUCUUCGUGGUUGCCAUGUUCAUCGGAUAUCAAUUCCUCGAAGCCAUGAUCUUCUUCAUGGCUAUCGUGGUGGCUUAUGUGCCGGAGGGGCUGCUUGCUACAGUUACUGUUUGUCUGUCUCUGACUGCUAAACGGCUUGCCAGGAAGAACUGCGUAGUGAAGAACCUGGAGGCUGUGGAGACAUUGGGCUCGACUUCCGUGAUCUGUUCUGAUAAGACGGGUACGCUCACCCAGAACAGGAUGACUGUAGCUCACCUUUGGUUCGACAACCACAUCCACGCUGCUGACACCACUGAAGAUCAGUCAGGGCAGAGUUUUGAUCAGUCAUCAGAAACCUGGCGUUCACUGGCGAGGAUCGCUACGCUGUGCAACAGAGCGACGUUCAGACCUGAUCAAGAAGACGUACCUGUUCCUAAGAGGCUGGUGGUGGGAGACGCAUCAGAGACGGCUCUGCUGAAGUUCACCGAGCUCACCGUGGGGAACGUCAUGGACUACCGCAACCGCUUCAAGAAAGCGGUGGAGCUGCCCUUCAACUCCACCAACAAGUUCCAGCUAUCUAUUCAUGAACUGGAAGAUCCUCUGGACCUACGCUACCUGUUGGUGAUGAAAGGGGCACCAGAACGUAUCUUGGAGCGCUGCUCCACCAUCUUGAUAAAAGGCCAGGAGCUUCCUCUGGAUGAACAGUGGAGUGAAGCCUUUCAGACGGCCUAUAUGGACCUGGGAGGACUGGGAGAGAGAGUACUGGGUUUCUGUCAUCUCCAUCUAAGUGAGAAGGAAUAUCCUCGUGGCUCUCAAUUUGACCCUGACGAGAUGAAUUUCCCCACGUCAGGAUUGUGCUUUGCUGGCCUCAUCUCUAUGAUUGACCCCCCAAGAGCCACUGUACCUGAUGCAGUGAUGAAAUGUCGUACCGCUGGCAUCAGGGUCAUCAUGGUAACCGGGGACCAUCCGAUUACGGCAAGGGCAAUAGCAGCUAACGUUGGGAUCAUCACAGAAGGCAGUGAAACAGUGGAAGACAUUGCGGAGAGAAAGCGUAUUCCUGUUGAACAAGUAAACAAGAGGGACGCCCGUGCUUGCGUGAUCAGUGGUGGUCAGCUGAAAGACAUGAGCAGUGAGGACCUGGAUGACGCACUGCGAAACCAUCCUGAGAUGGUAUUUGCUAGAACAUCUCCUCAGCAGAAACUGAUUAUUGUGGAGAGUUGUCAACGUUUGGGCUCUAUUGUUGCAGUGACGGGUGACGGUGUCAAUGACUCGCCGGCUCUUAAGAAGGCUGAUAUCGGUGUCGCCAUGGGGAUCGCGGGAUCUGACGCUGCCAAGAACGCUGCAGACAUGAUCCUGUUGGACGACAACUUUGCUUCUAUUGUCACUGGAGUGGAGCAGGGCCGUCUCAUCUUUGACAACUUGAAGAAGUCUAUUGCCUACACGCUAACCAAGAACAUUCCUGAGCUGACUCCAUAUCUGAUCUACAUCACUGUCAGUGUGCCUCUUCCUCUGGGCUGCAUCACUAUUCUCUUCAUCGAACUGGCAACUGACAUUUUCCCCUCCGUCUCUCUGGCUUACGAGAAAGCAGAGAGUGACAUCAUGCACCUGAAGCCCAGGAACCCUCGUUGUCAUCGUCUGGUAAACGAAGCCCUGGCUGUGUACUCCUACUUUCAGAUAGGAGCCAUUCAGUCUUUUGCAGGUUUUACAGAUUAUUUUGCAGCCAUGGCCCAGGAGGGCUGGUUCCCACUCUUGUGUGUCGGCCUGCGCUCUAAGUGGGAGAAUGCUCAUCUUCAAGACGUACAGGACAGCUAUGGACAAGAAUGGACCUUCAGUCAGAGGUUGUACCAGGAGUAUACGUGCUACACCGUCUUUUUUGUCAGCAUAGAGAUCUGUCAGAUCUCAGACGUGCUGAUCAGGAAAACUCGACGUCUCUCGGUGUUCCAGCAAGGCUUUUUCAGGAACCGUGUCCUGGUUUCUGCCAUAGUCUUCCAGCUCCUUCUGGGUAAUCUGCUUUGUUACUGCCCUGGAAUGCCCAAUAUCUUCAACUUCAUGCCAAUCAGAGUCCAGUGGUGGUUUAUUCCUGUUCCAUAUGGUAUUUUGAUCUUUGUUUAUGAUGAGAUCAGGAAAUUAGGAGUCCGAAGAUAUCCAGGAAGUUGGUGGGAUCAGGAAUUAUACUACUGAAACCACUGCGACUUUCUGUCGUUCGUCAAACAACAGAAUACUGAAAACCCAGAAGUCUUUUCCCUAUUCACCAUACAUCAACAUGAUCUAUGUAUUUAUGGCUUAAAUUAUCUUUUAAUAUUACCAUUACAUGGAAAUUUGAGGCUCUGGCAAAUAAGUAACACGGUAAUAAUGAAUGAAAGUGAUUGAUCAUUUACACAGAUGUAUAGUGUUGCAGCUCUUUGACUGUGGUUGCACUUUAUUUGUUCUAAUAAAACAUUUUAAGGCCGGUGUUGAUCUCAAAUCGAUAA